CGCGUCUGUCCUCUAAUGGCGCAUGGACGACAAGGACAGACGGUGCCGCCGAUCUUUUCUCUCUCUCUAAUACAAGGGAUACUUUUUAGCGCGGCUCACCUUCUCUAUGUAUUUGAGCGCAUUUGAAGAAACAUGUUUUAUUAAAAGAAUGCUUUCUCAUUGGUUUUAUUUAACACCUCAUUUAAUCUUAAGUCUGCAACUAACGAUUUGUAACGCUUUAUCUCUGGGGCGAUGUAUCCACAUUUGUUGCGUUGAAGAUGCGAUCUCUGACCGUCAAAUAGAUGGCUAAAGGUCAUUAUCCCUUAUCUUGCCUAACCGGUCAAUAUUAUCGACCCUGACAGUCGGGCAAAAGGUUCCGUGGUUGAUUCACGAUUGUUCCCAUAGAAACGUGGCGCGCGAUCGAAUCGCGACCGCGCGUUCCUUUCGCGUUUAAUACAGGGUACAUAAUACAUACAUACAUAUGUAUGCGUAUAUAUAUGUACGAGCCAGGCUAAACCUUGUACGGCCGUGCAGGUCUACCGCAGUCUCAAAUAUUGACACGACCUGCGAUGAACCCGAGGAACGUCUUCUGACGUUCAAGGGUCUCGAACUCGAUCGUUCCUUGCCGGAAUUCGCGACGCACCGGAAGAGCGGAUGGUUCAUCGUUGCUCGAAGACCGAAAAACGGUGGGAUUAGGUAAAAUCGGCGCGCGUUAUCGUUAAAGAAAGGUUUGAUCGAUGUAGGUCCCCGGUUACCCUUUUUUUUUUUCGUUGCGUUUUCUCACGGUGAACAAUUUUCUUUUCUCGCGCGAAACGCGCCGCGCGCCGAAUAUGAUCGGCAGAAUCUCGUUGGUGGAACAGAAGAGAAUCCAGUGGGCGAGAGAGCGAGAAGAAAUGGCACGUCUUGGUGGAAGUUGGGGUCUUUUGAAAAAUAACACGAAUAUCCGCACCAACAUCCGAACGUAUCCAAGUGGCUCAAGAAUGUCUUUGGCGGAAAUCAAGGACAAGCGAUCGUCCUCGAAACCCUUCCGUGCUACUGGACAUUACGGAAGCACCGUCAGCCUGAAGAGUUUGGCGACAGAGAGUUCCGGGAACGGUGACCCGAGCCUAAAGUGUCUGGACUGCAACGGUGGUAGUUUGAUAAAUCUGCACGAACAACCGGAAGCGCCGCAAAUCAGGCACAGAAGCCCGAGUUUGCCGCCGAUUUACAGCAAGGAUCAGCAGCAAUAUCUGUGCCAGGGGCAGCAACGGGACUUCGCCGCAGAGGGUUUGCACUAUCAUUCCGAGAAACCGCGUAGACUUUGCGAUCGUUACGAGAAUUCGAAAAUUAAUCAUUACGGCUCGCAGGGGGAGGAACGCGAGGGAGAGACUUCCGGUUACGCCAGUGACUCUAUAGACGUACCGGUAUCUGCGAAAGGAGCGCUGUUACCCGGUUGCAAACCGCCGGGAGCGGAAAUGUCCGAGAAGACGUGGCAGAAUCCUUAUCACGCAACACCUGAGAGUUCGUUACCACCGUCAAGGCGAUUGUCUGAUGGUAGGAUAGGCGAACUCAACAGGCCAAGGUGGGGCAGUGUCUGGGGUCAGGAGACUACACAAAGGGAUCCACCGACACCCUCAUGGCUGGCAAGAUUAGGACAGUCGAGUCAAGUUCUGGUUAUUAAUCACGAAAGUGCGAGCAGUUCAGACAGUUCGACGAUAGGCUCGAUCGGACCUGAUAAUAAGACGUAUCUACGUGGUCAAAAUAUUCCCGUCGACGCUAGUAUCCUUCAAGAACGAGAAGCAAAACGACAAAAAGCUCUGGAGCUUCAGAACGCCAUUAAGAAACAGCUUGAGGAGAAGGAUCGUCAGAGGAAGGAAGAAAAGGAGCGAAAGCUCAAAGAGGAACGACUGGAAGAAGAACGGAUUAAACGAGAAAGGGAGAAAGAAAAAGAAAGGUAUUCAUCAAACUUCCAUUCCUCUCUCUCUCCUGCGAUUGAUCAAAAUUAUUUCUCUGCUAGAUUCGAAGAAGAGCAGAAACGAUUGAAAGAACGGGAAGCAGCUAAGUCGCGGCAGGAGCAGGCGAUGCGCGAAGUUUUAGAGGCGGCAGAACGUUUGGCGAAGGAACAAAAAAAGAACCGGCGGAAAUAUGAAAAGUGCGACGAUAUUACAGAAAGAAGCUGCGAAUCGAAAGUGUCGAACGAAGGCCAAUUCGAUCAUAGUUGUCUAAGCGCUAGAAGUCAACAAAACGUAUCUCUCAGUAAUGACGACAUUAAGGAUAAACGUGAUGAUGUGGAGACGCGGAAUAAUAAAGGAAGCAGUGAUGGCAGUAUUAUUACUAUUAGCGAUAACAAUUCCUCGACUACGUCGAAACAAGAUACCGAUGAUCCGAAGCCAGUUCAAGUGCCCGUUAGCAAAGACGUGGCGAUCGUUCUGAGCGGUCGACUUGAAGAUCCCGAACUGCUCAAUAAGGCGAAUUUACAGUUGGUCAAUCUGGUGCUGAGCCCGUCGCCGAGGAAAUUCGAUGCCUCGAACAAUAAUUUAUCUGUAGGUUUGAAUACCUUCGUGCACCGUGUCGGGAAUUCGAGCUGGACUCCGAAUUCUUCGUCCACGAUCGUGGAGAACAGGCUGCUCACGCCGAGCAAGUACAGAGUCACUGGCCGCGAUUUCGGCACGCAGACAGACGUAGAAAGCGACCUCCAGGAGUUUCGGGAGAAGAUGCAGGACUUGGCUGUUAAGGAGGUCUCGUUGAAGGAUCACAAGGAUGCAGCGAAUGCUAGUAAAAGGGAUAUUGAAAAGAGUAACAAUGGUUCGACCGAAGAAAUUGUUGUAAAAUGUUUACCUCGAUCAAAAUCUCAACCCAGAAGGACUAUCGAGUCCAGACCCCAGUGGAAUGCUAACAGACCGGGAACUCGAUAUCGCACGCAAAGUGAGAAAGAUCCUCACUAUCAACGACGAUUGCGUAUGAGGAGACGUCAAAUAGAAUCUAGCGACGAACGCUCGAGAUCCCCGUCUCCCGAUAGAAGGAAAUUUAUAAAUGUUAAAUCUAAGAUACGAACAUUAAACAGACCAAAGGCGAAGGUCGAUAAUUACGAUGCAGAUCUUUCAAUGGAUAGUCUGAAUUCCGUUAUACCGCUCCGAAUCGAUAAAAACGGAAGACUUACUAUCGAAGAAAAUAAAUAUGAUGAAAACGAUAAAGCUACGUUGGGCAACGAUCAUAUUGAUGAGUCUAGCAACGUUAGCGAUUCGCAAAAUAAAAAUUACGAUGUCUGGUGCGGAAACGAGAUCUUGUCUAAGCUGUCCACCUUGAAAAACGGCCUUUUAAUGAAACAGUUGGAAUGGAAUUCUGAGAGAUGCCUGAUCUCUCCCGCCGCAUCCGAAAUUUAUUAACAAAGAUCAAACAAGCUAC